AAAAGAAAGCAACACAUACACACAUCAUUUUCGUAAAUCCUUGAGGGUCGAUUUCGUUGCCGAGUAAGACCGAUCAUCGAUGGCUGAGGCAAUGGAACAGAAUCUUCUUCAAGACAACCAGCUUAACCGGACUUCCUUCCAUUUCCAACCUCAGAGAAAUUGGCUCAACGCGCCAAUGUACUACAAAGGAUUCUACCAUUUGUUCUACCAGCACAACCCUUUGGCUCCUGCUUUCAGUAAAAUAAGGAUUAUAUGGGGGCACUCUGUUUCACAAGAUAUGGUCAACUGGAUCCAACUUGAGCCAGCCCUUUCUCCUUCUGAGCCCUUUGACAUCAACAGCUGCUGGUCAGGAUCCGCCACGAUCCGCCCCGAUGGCAGACCUGUAAUUUUGUACACCGGACUCGACGACAACAACAAACAGCAAGUCACAGUUGUUGCCGAACCAAAGGACGUUUCUGACCCUUUGCUUCGUGAGUGGGUUAAACCAAAGUACAAUCCUGUGAUGGUUCCGCCAAGUAAUGUCCCUUUUGAUUGUUUCCGUGACCCAACGACGGCGUGGCAAGGGCAAGAUGGGAAAUGGAGAGUGAUCAUCGGAGCUAAGGAGAAAGAUACUGAGAAAGGAAUGGCGAUUUUGUACCGAAGCGAGGAUUUUGUCCAGUGGACAAAGUAUCCGGUGCCUUUACUUGAGUCAGAAGGAACCGGAAUGUGGGAAUGCCCUGAUUUUUUCCCGGUUUCCAUCACUGGUAAAGAAGGUGUUGACACUUCAGUGAACAAUGCUACUGUGAGGCAUGUCGUGAAGGCGAGUUUUGGAGGCAAUGAUUGCUAUGUCAUUGGUAAAUACUCUUCUGAGACUGAAGAAUUUUCAGCGGAUUAUGAGUUCACUAACACUAGUGCGGAUUUGAGAUAUGAUCAUGGAACGUUUUAUGCAUCGAAGGCGUUCUUCGAUAGCGUUAAAAAUCGGAGGAUCAACUGGGGAUGGGUCGUAGAGACUGAUAGCAAAGAAGAUGAUUUUAAGAAAGGAUGGGCUGGCCUUAUGUCUCUUCCCAGGGAAAUUUGGAUGGACACAAGUGGAAAGAAGCUGAUACAAUGGCCAAUUGAAGAAAUCAACAAUCUCCGGACCAAAAGUGUUAGCCUUGACUGCUAUGAAUUCAAAACCGGCUCGACCUUUGAAAUCGCAGGCAUCACUGCUGCACAAGCCGAUGUAGAAGUGACUUUUAAUCUGCCUUUCCUGGAAGAUAAUCCCGAGAUACUUGAUGCUGACCAAGUUGAUGAUGCGACUCUGUUUGAUCGUGACAACUCGGAUGGAUGUGUUUACGGGCCUUUUGGACUGCUAGCAUUGGCUACCAAUGAUUUAUCAGAACAAACCGCAAUCUUCUUUAAAGUUAUUCGUCGCGGAAACGGAUAUGCAGUAGUAAUGGGCAGCAGCGAGAAGAGGUCUUCGUUGAGAGACAACAUAAAAAAAUCUUCGCAUGGAACAUUCCUAGAUAUUGAUCCAAGGCAUGAGAAGAUCUCAUUAAGAUGUUUGAUCGAUCACUCGAUUAUAGAGAGCUACGGAGCAGGAGGAAAAAGUGUGAUAACAUCUAGGGUUUAUCCAAAAUUGGCAAUUGGUGAAGCAGCUAAGCUGUAUGUGUUCAAUGAUGGAGAAAAGGGUGUGAUCAUGACGUCCCUGGAAGCUUGGAGCAUGAGAAAUGCCCAAAUCAAUUCAAACCCAACUUAUUAAUGAAUCAUAUAUUCUUGAUAAUAAUAAUCUUUGGACUGCCCUAAAGAUUUUUCUUAUCUUGUCAUGAACUGCGGAAUGUUUUAAGAUUUAUGCGCCUGUUGUAUUCAAGUUAUUGGUGUGGUUAUUGUCGUUUCCUUGGGUAAAAGAUUGUAAGACUUCUCAUGUUUCUUAUUGAAUUUGCACGAAUAAUAAUAAGCCUUCUCAUGUUCUAUCAAUAAGACUAGUGUGUCAUG